CCGGAGGAAGUGUGGCGCGGAGGGGCGGCGGGCGCCAGUGCGGCUGCGCGGUCGGCCGGCGCGGAGGUGGCGGAGAGAGCCGCUCGAGGCCCCGCGGUCCCGGGUCGGGGCCGGGUGGGAGCGCCCCUCGUGUCCGGGCGCGGUCAUGGCGGGCGAGGAGGUGGUUCAGAUCCGCCUGGAGGGCCGCUGCUACCCGGUGAGCAAGAGGAAACUACUGGAGCAGAGCGACUACUUCCGCGCGCUGUACCGCUCCGGCAUGCGCGAGGCGCGGGGCGCCGAGGCCGGCGGCCCCGAGGUGCAGCAGCUGCGCGGCCUCAGCGCGCCCGGCCUGCGCCUGGUGCUGGACUUCAUCGAUGCCGGCGAGGUGCGCGAGGGCGAGCUGCUGGGCACGGCGCCGGGCGACGAGGACGCUGACGAGGCGGGCCUGCUGUCCGGGCUGGUGGAGGCCGCCUCCUUCCUGCAGGUCACGGCGCUGCUGCGGCUGCUGCUGUCCCAGGUGCGGCUCGGUAACUGCCUAGAGCUGCACCGCCUGGCGCAGGUACACGGGCUGCCCGACCUGCAGGAGGCUUGCCUGCGCUUCAUGGGCGCCCACUUCCAUCAGGUGCUGCGCCAGCCUCACUUCCCGCUCCUGGCGGCUGGGGACCCCGGCCUGCUGCAGAAGCUGAGGGAGGCCCGCAUGACGGGAACACCAGUACUCGUGGCUCUGGGGGACUUCCUGGGGGGGCCGCUGGCGCCGCAUCCCUACCAAGGGGAGCCCCCAUCUAUGCUCAGGUACGAUGAGACUAUGGAGCGCUGGUUCCCGCUGGCCAGCAACCUUCCUCCCGACCUGGUGAACGUCAGGGGCUACGGGGCCGCCGUCCUGGACAAUUACCUCUUCAUCGUGGGUGGGUACAGGAUCAGCAGCCAGGAGAUCUCCGCCGCACACUCCUACAAUCCCAGCACGAAUGAAUGGCUCCAGGUGGCCUCCAUGAAUCAGAAGAGGUCUAACUUCAAACUUGUGGCUGUUAAUUCAAAACUCUACGCCAUUGGCGGGCAGGCUGUUUCUAAUGUUGAGUGCUACAGUCCCGAGCAGGAUUCGUGGAACUUUGUGGCACCGUUACCAAAUCCCCUGGCCGAGUUCUCUGCUUGUGAGUGUAAGGGGCAGAUCUAUGUCAUUGGAGGCUACACUACCCGAGAUCGAAACAUGCACAUUUUGCAGUACUGCCCCUCCUCUGACGUCUGGAUGCUCUUUGAGACCUGUGACGUCCACAUUCGGAAGCAGCAGAUGGUGUCCGUGGAGGAGACCAUCUACAUUGUGGGCGGGUGUCUCCAUGAGCUGGGGUCCAACCGCAGAAGCAGCCAGAGUGAGGACAUGCUCACCGUGCAGUCCUACAACACAGUCACUCGGCAGUGGCUCUACCUCAAGGAAAACACAUCCAAAUCAGGCCUCAACCUGACCUGCGCGCUCCACAACGACGGCAUCUACAUCAUGAGCAGAGACGUGGCGCUCUCCACCAGCUUGGAGCAUCGAGUUUUCCUGAAGUACAACAUCUUUUCAGACAGCUGGGAAGCUUUUCGGCGUUUCCCAGCCUUUGGACAUAACUUGCUGGUCUCCUCCCUUUAUCUGCCUAAUAAAGCAGAAACCUGAGGGAUUGACCUAGCAUUUUUAAAAGCCUGGUUCAAAACACACACAUGCACAGCACAUGCAUACACAAGGCAGGCUGAUUUCCAAAGGGAAAACGUGUGUUAAAGUAGUCACAUGUGUACCACUAGCAGCUGUAAAUAAGCCUACUUGAACCAGUUACUUGAAAAGUUGUGAAAAAAAGAGAACAACUCUAUUGCAUUUUAAAUUACAGAUUUUUAAAUUAUGGUAGCACAUCUAUGAUAUGUUUUCAUCAAAAUGUGAUACUAGAGCCAGUGACUGAAAUAGAUCAUUAAAAACUAGAUUCCUUGUGUCUGCUUGGUAAGGGACUAAUCAACGUGACAGGUAAAGACAGUUUUUUGACCUGAUUUACUUAAGUUACUUGAAACACCAUUAAUAUUUUAAGUGAGAGAUACUUUUUUCUGUUUAUUGUUUUACUUGACAAACAUAUUAAUGUUGCCAUUGUCCCUCCCCCUGUCAUACCUGCAGAUAAUUCCAGCAUGUUUAUAAGAAGGGUUCUGUGCUCAGAAAUUUUAUUCAUGCUCUAUUUUUCAGGAAGCUUACAAUAAGAAUUGUUAGAAGGGAUCUUGGAAUGUAUUCAUUCCCACCAUAACUUAUAUGAAAUCAUUCCCGGUUUUUUUUCAGUUAUGGAUGCUGAAUUAGAUAGACUAAAUAGAAUAAACCUCUUGAUUCACAUGUGGCAAAUUGCAGAUUUAUGUUGUUCACAAAAAACUGUACUGCCAGGCAUUCUGUGUUUUAAAGAGUGCAUAAAAGGUUGGGUAGGUGCAUAUAUUUUUAAACUUGAGUCUUAAAAAGGAAAUGAAAUAUAUAGAAACCAAUUUGCCUUGAAGAGUUCCUUUAUUGAAUGUAUUUGACUUAGUUCUUGUUUACAGAUGGAAACAAAAUUUUAUCAUGUUUAAAUUGGAUGCUUUCUGGUUUAAUCUUAGCUUUGUAAUUCAUGUUUUGCUUUUGUGGGCUAAAGUGAGAGUGGUUUUAAAGAGCUGGAAAGGGGACCAGGAGGUGACCUGCUCUCGGGUGUUCUUCCUGAAGUUAGGGAGGGUGCUGACUGCGUUGGUUGGAACGCACGCAGUUCACACAGCACUGUUGCCGAGCAGCUCAAGCAGUUCCACCAAGCCAGGUAACAGCGAGUUAAACAUCUACCAGUCAUACGUGGGUAAUUUUUAGAAACAUCUAGGCUGGAGGUGUAGCUCAGUGGUAGAGCACAUGCAUGCAGGAGGGCCUGGAUUCGGUCCCUAGUACUGAGAAAUGAAAUAGUAACUUAGAAAAUGUUAUUUUAAUUAAAAAUUUUUUUCUGAGAGUAUCUGAUAUUUUGUAAUAGAGACUGUUGAACUGUGAGCCCAGGUUCUUUUUUUUCUUAGACAGAAUCUUGUUCUAGUUCAAGCUGGCCUCGAAUUCACAACAGUCCUCUUGCCUCAGCCUCCCAAGCGCUGGGAUUACAGAUGUGCCCAUCACACCCAGCUAAAAUGAAUUUUUCUGCAUAAAUAGCAGGCUAUAAUUUCAGUUACAGCAUGCCUUGUUUUAAGAAAGCUCAGUAGGAAAAAAAUGAUCACAGUGAGUCCACACAUUCCACAGUUAAUGCUGCAUACUAUGCAGAUGUGCACAGGUGCUAAUCACUGGACAGAGAUAUUAAAUUUGUUCAAGAGUCACUACAGAGUUUUCUGAUUUUUUUGUUUUUCUACUAUGGCCUCUAGUAUACUUAAAAGAAGGGGCUAGUUAUAAGUCAUAUUUGCAUGAUUUUUCAGGAACACUUCUAUUAGGUUAAAGUGAGUAAGCCUCUAUUUUGGAUAUGGAGAGGGGUCUUUGUAUCUUACUACCAAAUAAUUUUUUUUUUCCUUUUUGUGAGACAGACUCUCACCGUGUAGUUCAGGCUGGCUUUGAACUCACCAUGUAUCCCCGAGUGGCUCGAACUCAUGCUGAUCCUCCUGCCUCAGCCUCCUGAGUACUGGGACUACAGGUGUGUACAACUGCACCUACCUAGCAUUACUAAAUAUUCUUGUCAGUUGUCUACUUGUAACACCAUUUAAAAGUCAGUCCCUCUGUCUCACUCUGUCUAUCUCCACAAGGACUGUUCAUCUGGCUGGCCUCAUGUUCUCGGUCCUCUUGCUUCAGCCUUUUGCAUGCUAGUAUUACUGGUGUGUAGCACACAUCUGUCUGUUUAAGGGCUUCUGAAUCAUAUACAUUCAUUCUCAAAUUCUAAGUAUUUUUCUUUUUAAGAAAAUUUGAGCUAAAAUAUUCCUGGAAAUGGUAUCUAGUAGUACAUUUGUUUUACUUUAUAUGCUUUAUAGAAUUGGAUUCCCAGUGAGCAAUAAUUUUUUUACACAUAUUUACAAAUUUCAUUUGUUUUUGUUUUUAAUUUUUUUGAGACUGAAACCCAUAUAUUCAGAAUACUCCAGCCACCUGAACUGGUACUGGACAAACAAUUGGGGAUUAGUUUAUAAAUGAUCAUAAAUUAUAAAGUAUGCUGACAACCAAUUAGUUUUCUUUCUGAUGAGUUUCUGUGGGUUUAUUAUUUUCCUAAUACUGACAAUUGAACUUUUGGACCAAGUGAAAGUGUACUCUGAUCCACAGAGCUCUCUACUGUGCACCUUUGGUGUGUGUAUAUGUGCACAAAUGAAUGUAUGUUUGCCUGUAUACUGUCACUUCCGUAGGAGGCAUGAGCUCCCAGGAAAACUUUGUUAUUCUUGGUUGCUGCCAGUGCUUGGGAAAGGUAGAAUGAGUAUCGGAAUAGACUUGUGGGUUUUACGACAUCUUCCUUUGUGUACAUGAGCUAUGUCAGCUACUCGAGGGGAGUUUUGUUUUGUUGAUAUUGGGAAUUGAAGUCAUGACCUCAUGCUUGCCAGGCCAGUGCUGUGCCACUGAGCCAUAUGCCCAGCAUUGAGGGGAGUUUUAGCAGCUCUGUUCUCUGACUGGUACCAACAUAACUUAAAGACUACUUAGAAUUAAGGCAGCGUUCCCUUGAAAAAUGUCCCCUCGUUCCCUAGAACUGGCCUUGAAGAUCUCUUGUUUUUUCCUCAUUCACUGCUUUUCUACAAGUGUUUCUUUGUUUUUUCUUUGUUUGUUCUUUGUUUUUUCUGAGGGGGGUGAUCGCUCUGUAUGGGUUAGGAGCAGCUUCCGGUAUGGAGGAUGGUCGGUGGUGGAGAGCAUCUGGAGUAUUAGUGGUAAAAGAAGGUGGUGGUUGGGGCUGGGGAUUUAGCUCAGCGGCAUAAGCGCCUGCCUUGCAAGCAGGCAGUUGUGAGUUCGAUCCCUGGUACCGAUAAAAAUGAAAAGACAAAAGAAAAAAAAAGAAGGUGGUGGUUUUACCUUUCAUUUUCUCUGGCUUUCCUUUUAGUACCCUUAGAGGCUUUUCCCCUUAGCAUCUUCUAAAAUAUUUCAUUAUGAUUAUUUCAGUAGUGUUGGUUAAGUUACAACGGAGUACUGAGAAGGUGAUGGAUACUAGUAUGAGCCAAACAAAAUAAUUAAGGUGAAGCAUGAAGGAACCGGGGAUUUAGCUCAGCAGCAUAAGUGCCUGCCUUGCAAGCACCAAGGUUGUGAGUUCAAUCCCCAGUACCAAAAAAAAAAAAAAAAAAAAAAAAAAAAACAGAUGAAGCAUGAACCAAAGAAAAUGUAACGUUUUUAAAGACAGGAUCUCACUGUGCAGUUCAUACUGGCCUCAAAAUCAUGGAGAUCCUCCUGCCUCAGCCUCGUAAGUGCUGGGAUUACAGGUGUGCACCACCACACCCAGCUAUGCUUGAUGUUUUUAAAGAGCCAAGGUUCCGAGUAAUUCCAGAUGCCUUAGAUAUCAAAGCUAUACUGAUGUGGAUAGUGCGUUUUCUCCACAGAGGGAGUAGUAAAGUAUUUUCUUUCAGUGAAGAAUUGUUUACGGAACCUGGAGUGUGCAUUGUUUUCAGAUUUCUAGAGAUGAUUGAACAAAAAGGUAAUUGGAGAUGAAAGCGCUUUGGUAUCAACCAGCACUUAAUGAGCUCGAUGAUGUAGAUCCCUUGAGAGGCAGUAGACUCCCGGGGAACGCAUGAGUGUCAGAUGCCUUUCUCCUAGACCAAGAACAGGAAUGUGUAGCAUCUUUGGGUUUGAGUGGCAUAAAGAAGUGUGGCCUGAUUUGACAUGGAUUCUGAGAUCAGAUCCUGGCACAAAGUGCAGGCCACACUUCUUGGCUAUCAAAAAUACUUAUUGUGAAUGUCAGUUCAGUACAAGACAGUGUUAAUAACGGAACACCCGCCUAAAGAAGCCACAGUUUCUGCCUUGACAAGCUCAGCCUUGCAGCAGUGUCCACUCUGCUGGUCAUAGCUGGGCUUCCUCCUGGAGGUGCACACGCUCGGCAGGCAUCUCAGGCUCUGGUCUGGCUGCCACCAGAACCUGGCCUUUACUCUGUGUUUCAGUAAUAAUCACAAACCAGUUUUUCUGUAAAUUUGGAUAUGUUUUGGCUUUUUGAUAUGUGCCUUUUUUAAAGUACAUUUUUCACCUCUGUACUUCAUUUGUGUGAAACACUAAAAUUGCAUGAAGUCUGCACCACGUGAGUGCACACACAGUGCCCCACGGCCUUCCCGCUGAUCCUGGGAGGUGCGAGGGCAGGGAGAGCAGAGAGAGGCAGUUCAGGGCGUGUGUGUGUUUACAUCUGUGCCUUGGAGACACUUGCAUGAAAAGCAUUAAUAAGAACUGUUCACUCAGACACCAUCACUACUAAAACCAGUUGAUUGUGCCUUCGUGGUCAUUGCCCAGAGCUAGCUAGUUUCCAUCGUAUGUCUCAUUCAGACUGAGAGUUGUAGCAUUCCUCUGUUCACUUUGGAACAUGCCCUGAAACUUACCCAGACCUGUGCUGGCUGCUGCACCUGAUAUAACACUUGCUACCCACCCUCUAGGGACAGACUACCUGUGCUGGCCAGUCUGAAAAGUGAGAGGGUGCCGACACAGCUUUUUUAGGGUUGGUCUGUGCUUUAUCAGUUGAUUGUCAUGGUUUAUUAUUGAUAAAGAAAAGGAAUAUAUGCUUUGGAUUAUUGUGUCACUUAAAAUCUUCAAAACAGGUGCUGGCCCUACGAUGUUUUUCCUGUUUAGUAGUCACUCUAGGGCUGUAGAGUGUAUAGUGGUAUUUUGUUUAAUUCUUUGUUAAAAAGUCAUAUUGAGGCCUCAAUUUCAAGAGUGGCUUGAAAAUGUGAGCAUUAUGAUUCACUGAAGUGUAACGAUGCUUAUGAAGCACUCACUGUAACAAUAUUUACUCUAGAACUAUGGAAGAAAAAUUCUUCAAAUAAAAUACUCUAAAUCUG